GCAACCACUCUGCCGUUGGACUUCGCCAAAUGCCCCCGGGGUCAACGUCCCCUUUCCCCUCCGCCCCCGCUGAGAACCUCUAGGUCAAAGCGUUUCUCUCCCCUGUGGCUCCAAGAGGACUGCUGCCCGUUCGGCCCAGAUGCUGCUUCCCCGUUGGUCUCCCCGCCCGCUCACGAAUUUCACUUUCACUUCUCAGCCAGCAGCUCAGGAGGCGCCCCUGCACGCAGACUCAGGCCGUGUUCGGAAUCUUUAAGCAAGAAAAGCCUCAGGCGUCAAGACAGGAAGACGCCAGGAGAGACGGGCAAUGGCUUUAAAACUCCCAAUGAACAUACAGAAGGAAGUGACCUGCCCCAUCUGCCUGGAGUUUUUGACAAAAUCCCUGAGUCUAGGCUGUGGCCAUAGCUUCUGCCAAGCCUGCAUCAUGGCCCACAGUGAGGAGGCGGAGAGCAGCCCAGAUGGGGAGGGCAGCUGUCCUGUGUGUGGUGUCAGAUACUCACUUGGCAACGUGUGGACUAAUCAGCAUCUGGACAACAUAGCGGAGACACUCAGAGAGGUCAAGUGGAUCCCAAAGGAAAAGCAAAAGAGAGAUCUCUGUGUGCACCAUGCAGAGAAGCUCCUCCUCUUCUGUGCGGAGGACAGGAAGGUCAUCUGCUGGCUGUGUGAGCGGUCACAGGAGCACCGCGGUCACCACACCUUCCUCAUGGAGGAGGUUGUCCAGGAAUGUCAGGAGAAGCUCCAGGCAUCUCUGGAGAGGCUGAGGAAGGAGCAGCAGGAAGCUGAGAAGUUGGAGGCUGACAUCAGAGAAGAGAGAAUUUCCUGGAAGUAUCAAAUACAGACUGAGAGACAAAGAAUACAAACAGAAUUUAAUCAGCUUCGAAGCAUUCUGGACAGUGAGGAACAAAGAGAACUGCAAAGAUUGGAGGACGAGGAGAAGAAGACACUGGAUAACUUGGCUGAGGCUGAGGCAGACCUGGUUCAGCAGAACCAGUUGGUGAAAGAGCUCAUCUCAGAUCUGGAGCGUCGCAGUGAAUGGUCAACAGUGAAGCUGCUGCAGGACAUGAGUGGAGUCAUGAAAUGGGGUGAGAUCUGGACCUUGAAGAAGCCAAAAACUGUUUCCACAAAACUGAAGAAUGUAUUCCGUGCUCCAGAUCUGAGUGGAAUGCUGCACAUGUUUAGAGAACUAACAUGUGUCCGGUGCUACUGGGUGGACAUCACACUGAAUCCAGUCAACCUGAGUUUGAAUCUUGUCCUUUCAGAAGAUCAGAGACAAGUGACGUCUGUACCAAUUUGGCCUGUUAAAUGUUACAAUUAUGGUAUCUUGGGCUCCCAAUAUUUCUCCUCAGGGAAACAUUACUGGGAAAUAGAUGUGUCCAAGAAGACAGCCUGGAUCUUGGGGGUGUACUGUAGAACAUGGUCCCGUAAUAUAAAGUUUGAUGUUGCACAGGGCAGAAAGCAUCAAAAUGCUUACUCCAGAUACAGACCACAAUUCGGCUACUGGGUUCUUGGGUUACAGAAUGAACUUGAGUAUAAGGCAUUUGAGGAUUCUCCUUCUUCUGACCCCAAGGUCUUGACUCUUUCCAUGGCCAUUCCUCCCCAUCGUGUGGGGGUUUUCCUAAACUAUGAAGCAAGAACUAUCUCAUUUUUCAAUGUCACAAACCAUGGGUCACUCAUCUACAAGUUCUCCAAAUGUCACUUUUCUCAGCCUGCUUACCCAUAUUUCAAUCCUUGGGCCUGCACAGCACCCAUGACUCUGUGCCCGCCCAGCUCCUGAACCCUCUUUUCCCCCACCCACUUCCUGUAGUGCUGUCUGUCCUGGUUUCAUCUCAUGCACCUGAGCUCACCUGCACAUUCACAUGGUCUCUUCCUUCCUGUCUCCCUUCUUUAGUUUAGAACUUUUACUUAUCCUUGGGAUGUACAGAGUAUCCAGGCUGAAUUAUAAGACAUGCUUAUUUACCCAUUUAUCUUUUUUUGUAUUCUCAAAGUCAGAUAUCUAAUCCCUCCUAAAGGCGGGGCAGUACUGGGAUAACAUCUUUGUUCUCCCAUUUCUCCAUAUUUUAUUUUAUUACUGACCUGGAGAGAGGUGGUGAAUCCUGUUUGCCACCACCUGUGUUACUGAGAACAGUCCACAAUUACCUCCCAGCACCACCACCAAUGAAAGCGUCUUUGAGUGUAUGUUCGUUUGUUGCUUAAGAAAUACCACAUUCGUCAGAGGUCAAGGAAAGGAAAUGGAAAAUGUAAAUGAUAUGUACCUACAGUGAAGAUUCUAUGUGCAGAGUGUUUGAGUUCAAAUUCUGUCUUCUUUUACUUGUAUAACAAUGAAUAAAUUUUGGGUUUCUUUUUCCUAAAAUACGAAUUGGGAUUUAAAACUUCACAUAACUCCUAAGAUUAUUACAUAAGCUAAACGUCACUAAAUGUAAAGCAACUACGUAAGUGUCCUGCACCAUAUAAUAAAUGUUUGCUCUCAUGA